UAAUAUGACAUAACCUCACAAAAUUACACUCGACGGGCCUCGGUUGCUCUCAGCUGUUCAAAAAGUUACAGAAUUGCAUCAUGCAAUUUUAUUUUAUUUAUUAAACGGUUUAAAGCAACGUUAAAAAGUGACUUUAGUGAUAUAGUGAAUUUUAUCAUCUUGACGAGACUUAACUAGAAUUUUUAAAUAUGGAGGAACAGGAAAUUUGCCGAUACUUCAGCGAUAUUAUCAAGAACGAAAAAGAUGUUUCGGCUGGAGUUGCUGCUAUCCGAACCCUUCUUGAAGUGUUGGAACACUCAAAAUCUGAAACUGUACAAGAAUUGCGAUUUUGUUUACAAAAUGCAGUGGUUGCAAUGAGAUCAACUGAUCAUCCAGUCACUGCUAUUGCUUCAGGAAGUGAACUCUUCCUUCGAUUCAUCACUUUAGCCACAUUAGACACCCCGGUAUGUUUUAACAAAUACUCGUUCGCAGAAUGUAAAAGCAUAAUGCUACACAGGGGGAAAAUUUUUUACAAAAAACUAGUUGCAGCGCGUGGAAAAGUUGCGAAGCAUGCUGUACGUUUUAUUACUGAUGGCUGUACAAUCUUAACUCACUCUAAAUCCAGAGUAGUUUUCGAAACAAUGAAACAAGCUGCUCAGAAUAAUAAGUCCUUUGAAGUAUAUGUUACUACUUCUGCUCCUGACAAUAGUGGGGAGGAAAUGUGCGAAAACCUGAAACAGUUGGGAAUUCCUUGCACGAUUAUAUUUGACUCUGCAAUGGGACACGUUAUGGAAAGAGUAGAUAUCGUUAUGGUUGGAGCUGAAGGCAUUGCUGAAAGUGGAGGAAUAAUUAAUAAAAUGGGGACAUUCACGAUGGCAGUCUGCGCAAAAGAGGCGAACAAACCCUUCUAUGUCUUAACGGAAAGCUUCAAAUUCUCGAGAGUCUAUCCUCUAAAUCAAGCCGAUCUCGCUGAUGAAUUUAAAUAUACAGCGAGCACUUUGAAAAAGGAUCUAAGGAAGGAGCACCCACUAGUCGACUACACUCCUCCACAUUACAUCAAUCUUUUAUUCACGGAUCUGGGUAUCCUUACACCUUCUGCUGUUAGCGACGAAUUAAUAAAACUCUACUUAUGAAAUAAUUAAAAUUUGUAUAUAAAAUAAUA